GAAAGGUGAAUCAGAGGGACUUUUGAAACUUCCUACAGACAUCGCAUUGUUGGAUGAUCCUGCAUUCCGCCCUUAUGUUGAGCUCUAUGCAAAGUUUGUAAUCAGAAUUUAAUUUUUGGAGCUCUGAAUUCAAUGAUGUUGUUGGAAACGUUUAUCACAAUCAGGGAAAAAUAAUAGAAAUAAAUUAGAAGAUGGCUCUGUUUCCAAACAUACCGGGGAUUCUAUAUAUAUUCGUCAACAUAAGAAAAGAACGAAAGCAACACUUAAACGCCCUCCUACAGGAGUUGAACUUUAUGCAAGGUUGCACACUAAACGGUCUACUCAAGAGUACAUUACACCAAAGGCAGCUAAAGUUAAGACUUUGUUAAAGCAACAAAUUGACAUAAAACAAAUCUUUCGUAAGUAGUAAUCAACUUACAAAAGAAAAGAAACAAAUUAUUAUCUCUAAAUGUUUGAUCCUCUUCCUAGUUGUAAUUAAGUGUUUUGUAAGUAGUAAUCAACUUUAUGCAAGGUUUGAGUAUUAAUUAAUAGGGGGCUUAUGUAGUGGUUCAUUCCAUCCCUUGAAUAUGAAUUUAACGGAAUGGAAUGAACCAUUCCAUUCCUUAUUUCAUGUUUCUGUUUUCUCAUAUAUUUUUUUUGCUAUAAUAGGAGGCUUAUGAAAGAGCUAUGGUGGCUAAGUUUGGUGAUGAUACUAGUUGUCACCCCCUCUUGGAUAAUGAAACAUGGUGUGAUGUUUCCGGAGGAGUCAAGAAAGGAAGAAUAUAUGGAUUCGGAUCUGUAUCUGAUCCAACGAGCUUUUUGGAAGGAACAUCUAGUACAAUAACAUCCCAAGAGGUUGUCUAUGAACGUGUACGAAACGAGAUGCGUGGGGAAAUGGAUGCUAAAGCUGCAGAAAUGGAAGCUAAACAUCAACAAAUGCAUGUAUGCAGCCUUGAAAAAUAUGAUAGGAAAUUGAAAAUUAGAGGAAUGAGAACCGAAGAUGAUUGGAUGGACAUGAAAUGAAGCGAGCAGCUAAAAUGUUAUUUUGAAGUUAUGUUUUGUGAAAACUCAUUUCCCAAUGCAUACUUUGGAUUUCUUGGUGUUAAAAUGUUAUUUUGAAGUUAAACCUUUGG